AUCCUGCUCCGUCUUCCCCCGCCCGGGGAGGGCCGGCCCUGCAGGGAGCCGGCUGGAGAAAGUUGGAGGAAAGUUGCUAGCUGGGAAAGUUUAGAAGCGGGAGAGUCGCGGCCCCGGCAGCCCGGCCUCUCCGCCGCACUCCACGGGAGGGAGGGCCGAGGAUGGCCGGCGGGGAAGGAGCGGGCUCCGGCGUGCCGGAGUGUCGGGAGCACCUCUUCAAGGUGCUGGUGAUCGGGGAGCUGGGUGUGGGGAAAACCAGCAUUAUCAAGCGGUACGUGCACCAGCUCUUCUCCCAGCACUACCGGGCCACUAUCGGCGUGGAUUUCGCGCUCAAAGUCAUCAAUUGGGACAGCAAGACGCUGGUGCGGUUGCAGCUCUGGGAUAUAGCAGGCCAGGAGCGCUUUGGAAAUAUGACCAGAGUAUACUACAAAGAGGCAGUUGGUGCUUUUGUGGUCUUUGAUGUCACAAGAGGCUCCACUUUUGAGGCUGUUUCAAAAUGGAAGCAUGAUUUGGACAGUAAAGUACUACUUCCCAAUGGCAGUCCUAUCCCUGCUGUUCUUCUUGCAAACAAGUGUGACCAGAAGAAAGAUGGCAGCCAGAAUCCCUCUCAGAUGGACCAGUUCUGCAGAGAAGGUGGCUUUGUUGGAUGGUUUGAAACAUCUGCCAAGGACAACAUCAACAUAGACGAAGCUGCUCGAUUCUUGGUGGAAAACAUCCUUGCCAACUACAAAACCUUUCCAAAUGAAGAGAAUGAUGUGGGGAAACCAAAACUGGACCUAGACCCAUUGAAAGCAGAGAGUAAAUCACAGUGCUGCUAAUGCUACCACUGUGAAGUAAAUGUGAUGGAAUGAGCAGCAAGACUGUUCCUUAAAUCAAAAUGCUGCUAUGGUGCUGCGUUGUGACAAUCCAUAUGGGGUGUCUGGUACUAUCUGAAUUGAUGACUCAUUUGGGUGUUUACAUAUUCUUGUUUAGCAUGAAACUGUGUAUCUUGUGCAUUAUCAUUCCACUUGCUUAAGUAACUGCAUCUAAGUCUGAUUAGCAUCUUCUUACUUGAGAACAUAAGGUAGUGUUUAUACUCUUAAAAAGGAACAAAGACAACAUUCAGUGCUUCUAUGACAUAUGCUACAUUCCAAAUAGGACUCACUUGUCAAGGUUUUAGCUGAAUAGACACUUGCACCUUUAAAGUAAACUUUUCCUUUGUCACCAGUAAUGUCCCACUUUAGCCUUCUCACCUGCACAAUUGUCCCUAUUUAUUAUCCCCCACUGUGAGGGUCUGUCUCAUUGCUAGUUGUCCUGGACUGAAACAUCCUAGAAAUCUUGAAGGGGCCAAUGACAGAUGGGAGGUAUCUUUCCUACUGUGAUCACUAGGACUGAGUGGAAUAGAUGGCUUUUACCACCUAGUAAAACCAAGAUGGUUAAAUUAUUGCAUUUAACAAGGGAAAGACAUGGGGAGAUACUAACAAAAAUGCAUCUCCAGCCAUUUAAGGCAGAAUAUUUUCAGCUAAUACUUUACAUAUGAAACACAUUAAUGAUACAAUUGUACUGCUGGCACAUAGUUAUGGUAAACUCACCUGUGUGCACAUCCAGAAAUAAACAUUCAGUGACUUUUUCCUGCACUAAACACUGAAAACUUUACCAAGAGUGCAAAAAGUACAUUCCUUACUGUCCUGUGAUAAUGAAUUUCCUUCUUUCUUCUUCUAUAUUGAGAUGGUCCCUGAAUACCAUGAGGAAGGAGAGACGUCUUCAAGGAAAUAGCUUAACUGGUUCAUGCUAACCUGUCAACCCCCCUGCCCCAAGCUCUAUCUCUUUCAGUUUUAGAACAGUGCUGUGCUUUUUUGCCUACUUUGAACUGAUGAACUGGCUUACCAGUUUGUAACUGUAUACUGAGAUGCUUAUUUCUUUGUUAUAACACUCAUGCAUUUUUGGCAGCAUAUGAAGAUCAAAAGGAUUAGAGAGAUUUCAUGGUUCUUGAACGCAUUCUAGAACUCUGGCUCUGCCUGGCUCAAAGGCUUUGAAGCACCUCUUUGUUUUAAGGGUUUCUUCUGUCCCAAUACCUCAUUGCUACUGACUUCAGAAGUCUUAUCUUGCUUGGUUUGAUGGUACUGAUGUUUACUUAAACAUCAGAAUUAAGUAUGUGCAGGAUUUGAUAUACUUUAAUCUGUAUUGAGAUUUCUUAGGCUUUUUUCCUAAAGAGUAAUGUACUUUUUAAGAGAUAAAUGAAUAAAUAUUUUGGGGCAUCUUA